CCAUUUCCGAAUUCGUUAUCAUUCAAAUUUGCACUAAGCUUUCAGCUCAAAACAUGAUAUCAUCAAACACAUACGAAUCAUGUGGCCCGAAAUUCGCACUAUCUGAAAUCCAAUCAGCCACCGGAGAUUUCAACGACGCGCAUCUCAUCGGAAACGGCGGAUUCGGCGCCUCCUCGACGGCCGAUUUCCCGUCGCCAUCAAGCGGCUAUCAGCCAAAUCCAACCAAGGCGAGCGCGAGAUCGCAACCCUCACAUAGCUCCGGCACCGCAAUCUCGUCUCGCUGAUCGGCUACUGCGACGAGCAGGGCGAGAUGCUUCUCGUCUACGACUACAUGCCCAACGGAACGCUGGCCGACCACCGCUCUUCCCUCGCGUGGUAUGCAUCGGCACUGCUCGCGGCUUGGAUUCUCUCCACACCGGCAGCUCAAUUGUGCAUCGCGAUGUCAAGUCCACCAACAUCCUCCUGGAUGAAGAUUUCGUCGCUAGGGUUUCCGAUUUCGGCCUCGCGAAGCAAUUGGGGGCGACUAGCCACGUCACUGCAAGUGUUAAGGGCUCAUUUGGGUAUUUCGAUCCGAGUUAUUUCACCACUGGUAGACUCACGAGGAAGAGCGAUGUGUAUGAUUUCGGAGUGGUGUUGUUGGAAGUGAUGAGUUGUGCCUAACCAUGUGGGCUCAUGAGAAGAUUAUUAAGGGUAAAUUAGCUCAGAUUGUAGCUUCCAAUCUCUGGGGAGAAAUAUCGGAGAUUGUCUCAAGAUAUACGUUGAUCUUGCUAAGAGAUGCGUGCAUCAAAAUCCGAUGAAACGACCAACGAUGACUCAGGUAGUAGUGCAGCUUGAGCUUGCACUUGAAAAGCAGGGGAAAACAGAGCCAAUUCCAUCACACUUCUGGCUGUUGAAUGCAAUUUUCAGCAUAGUUAAACUAUAUGGAACAACAGUAGGUUGAAAAAUGGUGCCGAUUUCUGUUCCUGCAAUUCCGCUAGAUUUUAUCAACAUCAUUACUGAUAGUUUUAGCCCAAUGCGUUUGAUUAAUGAUGCAAUCGGUGAAAAAAGUGUGUAUCGCGCAAUCCUGGGAAAUGGAAAGGAUGCAGCAAUAGAAAAGGUUUACAACCAGCAGCCACAACAAGAAUUUCUUCAACAGCAUGAAAAUGUGGUUGAGCUACUCGGUUACUGUGUGCACAGUGAUAAACGCUUCUUGGCUUAUGAAUUCUCCCACCAAUCCUCCCUAUAUGACAUUCUUCAUUGUUCUACAAGUGGUCAGGGCUUGUCAUGGGCGAGAAGAGUUAAAAUAGCCGUAGGGGCUGCAAAAGGACUAGAGUUCUUUCACAAGAGAGGACAGAUUCAUUGCAACAUCCAGUCCAGCAACAUCUUACUUUUCAAUGACAGUAGUGUUGCUAAAAUAGCUGGUUUUGAUCUAUCUACUCGACCCCAUGAUGUCGAGGCAAGUUGUCACGAGACUAUAGUGCCUUUCUCUGCUUUCCUGAGACGAGUUUAUUCCUCCCCAGAAUAUGUGUCGAAUGGGCAGCUCAGUAGUAAGACCGACGUUUACAGUUUUGGUGUGGUCAUCCUUGAACUGCUAACUGGCCGUAAACCAUGGGAUAUGCAGUGGCUUAUGGCGUCGGCAAAACACAAGGACCCUGUUGUUGCUAGGCUCAAGGGAAACAACCUUCGCGUGGCGGUAGCUGCAAAGAUGGCCGAAGUUGCAGCGUUGUGUUUGAGAGACGAAGCUGAUGAUCGCCCUAGCAUGAGUGGCGUAGUACAAGCUCUCCAGCCUCUGUUGGAGUAGUCAUUUCAUCGUCCCCGGGAUUGUUGGCCGACUUUUUGAUGGG